GUCACGAUGUCGAAGAUUUCUCUGUUUAUUGCUUUUAUUUGCCUAAUCGUUAUCGUUCAGGCACAAAACGAUAGAGAUAUUUGUAGGCGAAUUGUUGCCAGAUGCGAGUCAAGGGUCUUGAGAAAUGGAAGAAACAACGAUAUUUCGAAUAUUUUCAAUGAGAACUGUCGCCGAACACAUAGAAAUUGGCGCGAAAUUUCCCGAUGCGAACUCGCAAAAGCCAAUUGCAUAUUGACCCUUGAACGAUGUGAUACCGUGUCCUGCGAGAAUGUCCGGCGAGUCCUUGCCCAAUAAAAUACUGAGACCAGAUCCG